AUGGCCAGCAACGCCGCUUUCCAGAAGGCUGCCGAGGAGUCCAAGCAGCUCACCAGCAAGCCCAGCAACGACGAGCUCCUCGAGCUCUACGCUCUCUACAAGGGCAAGGCCAAGAAGGGUGCUUGGCAGAAGAUUGUCGACGAGGGCGUCACUGCUGAGCAGGCUCAGGAGAGGUACAUUGCUCUCGUCGAGAAGCUCAAGGGAACCUACGGCUUCGACGCUAGCAAGCAGCCCGAGGCUGUUGGCGCGUAA